UCGCUGGACGAUGCGCCACGCCACAUGUAUAAAAAGACUCGACGAGGCUCCACCAACCACAGUUUGGAUCAACUUCACCGCUUAACAGCAGCAAGAGCAUUCCGGAAGCUUCCAAGUGAAUUACUUAUCGUAAAAUACAAAAUGAAAUUCAUCGUCUUGGCUUUGUUCGUUUGCCUUUUGGCUCUGGCGAUGGUCUCUGCGGCGCCGGCUGAAGAGGGUCUUGUUGGAGAUCUCCUAGGCAGUGAGCAGCAAUACCAUAACCCUCAGGACCCAAGCUCCUUCUUCAAGCUCAAGAAAAUCAAGAAAUUGCUCUUCGGCUAAACAGUUUCAGGAGCACUACGCAUAUCUAGUCUAACGGCAGAACAAAACCAUGAUCUGCGAAGUAUAUGUAUGCAGAGUCUCUCUCUUUAAAUUAAAUAGGGAAGUUAAAAUAAUUCAUUGCACAUGUUAAAUUAGAGCCACCUGACUUUUAAACUAUUAUUAUCAUUAUGUUUUGAUACCGCCAGUUUACAAGGCAACGUUGUAUUUGUUAUAUUUUCAACAAUUUCGCAUUAUCAUACUAGACCAUAAGAUGUAAAUACAGCUUUACAAUAAAUGAAAAGUGGAAAAGAAA